AUGUCGUCGCUUCUUUCCUUCUUCGGUUGGGCUGUCCUCCCAAACUACGUCACGUCUAUUGUUCAAAGCGUCUACUAUGGCAUCACCAUCCGCGCAGGCGAACCCCGCCCUCAGCCUGGCACUCCGCGCUAUGCGCGACACCGCCGGCGCAUCUACAUCCUCGUCGUGACCAGCUACCUCCUCUACACACUCUAUGAGACCUUCCAUCGCGUACAAGUUGCAGGCGACUUCUACCGCGCCCUGGGUGUCUCUCCCUUCGCCGAUGAACGCACUAUCAAAUCGCGCUUCCGUCGUCUCGCUGCCCAGCAUCACCCAGAUAAGGUCGGCGGCGCCGUGUCGGACAGUUACUUCGUGUAUUUGAGACUUGCGCAGGAUACACUCCUCGACCCUGUGAAGCGGGUCGCGUAUGAUAUGUACGGCCCGGACAUGUUGAAUUGGGGCGAUAAGAGGACCCUGCAGGAGUUUGUUAUGGCUGGGUUGCAGCGGUCUUUGCCGCAGUAUGUGAUCGGGUUGGUUACUAUUGUGGUGCUGCAGUUUACGUAUUGGUCGGAGUGGGGACGUUAUGUUGGGGUUCUUCGACUUGGACUGUGGCGCUAUUUCACCUUCGCCGCGCUGGUUACCCUCGAGUCGAUCCUACUUACUCGUCCUGCGGCAGUGCUGCUCCCGUGGAGUUAUAUCCCCGCCGGAUUGCAGGGCCUGCUGGGCUUCUCGUCCAAGGGCCCGGAGUUCUAUCUCCUGCCAUUUCAGAUUCUGACACUGGCCCAGCGUGCCUCAGUCACACUGCAUAUCUUCAUUUCGCAGGUCACGCCGCCGGAGAUUAGUAAACGGGCGUCGUCUGCCCCGGGCGAUCGUCUGCAUCCGCAGACCAUGCAAAAACUGGGUCAGCUGGCGCAGCUCUCCCGGGCGACGGAUGGCGAAGCGACUCGGCUACUGCAGUUGGGGUUUGCGCCGUUCAAGGGCGAUCGUGAGGGCGUGACGGCGCUGCGGAAGGGCAUGAAGGAGGCGCUGGUGCUGGGCAGUGUUCGGGCUAGUCCGGGAGUGCAGCAGGCGGUUGGGGAGGUGAUUCGACGGAAGAAGCAGGGGAAGGCGGAUUGA